ACAGGGGGAUCCCCGGGAGCAGUGGGGACCCCAGGCACCUGUAAGAGCAGGGGCUGACUCGGGGUCAGUGAGUGCUACUGGGGGGAACAAGUCCGGACUUCACGUCACCCUAUCCCGAGCAGAGCCCCUUCCCCAGGGCGCACAGAGAGCCCCGCAGCAGGCGCCGGGGCAGAUAAUGGAGCUCCCGUGAUCCGCGCCCCCUACCCGGCCGCCCCAUGCAGCUGCCCCGGCUUGUGCUGCUGCUCUGCGGCGCUGCGCUGUUCCUGCUGCCGGCUGCGGUGCUGGGCUGCGGGCCGGGCAGGGUGGUGGGCAGGAGGCGUAAACCGCCCAGGCUCACCCCGCUCUCCUACAAGCAGUUCAGUCCCAAUGUGCCCGAGAAGACGCUGGGGGCCAGCGGGAGGUACGAGGGCAAGAUCGCCCGCAACUCGGAGCGCUUCAAGGAGCUCACCCCCAACUACAACCCGGACAUCAUCUUCAAGGACGAGGAGAACACCGGGGCCGACCGGCUCAUGACACAGCGCUGCAAGGACCGGCUGAACUCUUUGGCUAUUUCUGUCAUGAACCAGUGGCAUGGUGUCAAACUUCGAGUGACUGAAGGGUGGGAUGAGGAUGGACACCACUCAGAGGAAUCCUUGCAUUAUGAAGGUCGUGCUGUGGACAUCACUACCUCCGACCGAGACCGCAAUAAGUACGGGAUGUUGGCAAGGCUGGCCGUGGAAGCUGGCUUCGAUUGGGUGUUCUAUGAAUCCAAAUCGCACAUCCACUGCUCUGUCAAGUCAGAACAUUCUGCUGCAGCCAAGACUGGUGGUUGCUUCCCAGCGAGCGCCACGGCCACCAUAGAAUCUGGGGAGAAGUUGCCCGUGUCUGACCUGCGCCCUGGCAUGAAAGUUCUGGCCAUGGACAGUGAUGGCCACUUCACAUACAGUAGUUUCCUGACAUUUUUGGAUAAGAAUACUCAUGUAGAAAGUCUGUUCCAGGUGAUAAAGACUUUUGACCCUCCUCGACAGCUUUUCCUAACUCCAUCACAUCUCAUAUUUGUGGCAGACAAUUUCACCAGCAAGCCUACUGAUUUCCAAGCAGUGUUUGCUGGCCGUGUGACACCAGGGCAAUAUAUACUAGUCUCAGGUGUGCCAGGCCUCUUACCAGCAAAGGUAAGCUCAGUGAGUACGGAAACAGACAUUGGGGUCUAUGCUCCCCUCACCCAACAUGGGACAAUAGUGGUGGAUGACGUGGUAGUUUCCUGUUUUGCACUGGUACAAAAACAGAGGCUAUCUCAACUGGCAUUUUGGCCCCUCCGAAUAUUUUACAGUCUAGGAGUAAUGGGGGGAAAUCAAUCAUCCCAACUGGAUGGUCUUCACUGGUAUAGCCAAGCUCUUUAUAACUUGGGCAGAGUAAUACUUCACAAAAGUGAGUUCCAUCCUCAGGGCAUUCUUCAACUAGAGAGCUGAGUGUGAAAUUAGAGAUUUAAACAUCAAAUAAAGAUGAAUGCUACUGUAUUGGGUACAUUAACAGUAUCAUUCUAUUUGGUCUACUGAUCCUUCCCGAGAGACACCCCUGUAGAUUACUAGAAGAAAAGGGAGUAAAGAUACAGUGAAGGAUAAUAGUGAUAUAUACAUCUCUGAUGCAGUAGUUGAAUAAGAUGUGGGACAUCUCUAAAGAAAGCUCUUUAGAUGCCAUUGAAACAAGCUUCCAAUAUAAUACUCGCAUAGAAUGAAUGAUCUGGCCAUGUUAUAUAGAGUGCCAGGUCACCACAAUGGUACCACAAGAGCAAUGUGAAAAAGUAGCUACCUAUUUACCAAAGCAUCAUGAAUGACCAUGUGGCAACCUCAAAACUAAUCAAAUUUCCCAGGAUAUUGAAUUGCCCAGUCAGGUUUAGUAGUUCUCAUUUUUUCUAACAAUUCUAUAAAUUCUUUCACAAAUUACUUGGCAAACUUAACAAAUCAAUGAAUAAGUACAGUUUGGAAACCCAUGUGGAGAAGUCUGUUGUUGCUUAGUCUUUCAAGGUACUAAUUCACUGAGACACUGACAUCUCGUAGUGAUGAUUUUGCCUGCCAUUAUUAUUUACUGGUUCUAGGCUUUCUGCUGCUAAUGGGUUGUAUUUAUACUAGAACAGACAUAAUCCUCAAUAACUCUAUUGCUUGCAGUUAUUUAUAUUGCGGUAGAUUGAAUCGUUUUGUAUACUCAAAAGUAAAACUUGCCCUUAUGCAUUAGACGAGACAGAAAAAGGAACUGCCGUCUUUCCCCGAAAAUAAGACCGGGUCUUAUAUUAAUUUCCCCCCCCCAAAAAACGCACUAGGGCUGAUUUUCGGGGGAUGUCUUAUUUUGGGGGAAAAUGGUAGUAGAUGGAGUGUAGUCUUCAUUAAAUUAAAACCUUUAGUUUGCUUGCAGGUACGGUUUUA